CCCCCCGCUGCCGCUCCCCUGAGCCCCGCCAGACCCCGCUCCGCCCGCGCCCCGCUCGACUCCGGAGGCUUCCGCAGCCCCGGCGUCGGCCCCGCUGCCCCCUCCCAGGGGGCCAUGGGGGCACCCCCAGGCUACCGGCCCUCGGCUUGGGUACAUCUCCUCCACCAGCUGCCUCGCGCCGACUUCCAGCUUCGCCCGGUGCCUAGCGGUUUCGCGCCCCAAGAGCAAGAAUACCAGCAGGCCCUGUUGCUGGUGGCGGCCUUGGCAGGCCUGGGCUUGGGCCUUAGCCUCAUUUUCAUCGCUGUCUACCUCAUCCGCUUCUGCUGUUGCCGGCCCCCAGAGCCCCCAGGGUCCAAGAGCCCCUCGCCUGGGGGAGGCUGUGUCACUUGGAGCUGCAUUGCUGCCCUUCUCGUCGGCUGCGCCAGCAUUGGCAUAGGUUUCUAUGGUAACAGCGAGACCAGUGAUGGGGUGUCCCAGCUCAGCUCAGCCCUGCUGCAUGCCAACCACACACUCAGCGCCAUUGAUCACCUGGUGCUGGAGACAGUGGAGAGGCUGGGCGAGGCGGUGAGGACAGAGCUGACCACAUUGGAGGAGGUGCUUGAGCAGCGCACAGAGCUGGUGGCAGCUGCUCGUGCAGCCCGGAGGCAGGCGGAGGCUGUGGCCCAGCAACUGCAGGGGCUGGCCUUCUGGCAAGGCGUGCCUCUGAGCCCCCUGCAGGUGGCCGAAGAGGUGUCUUUCGUGGAGGAGUACAGGUGGCUGGCCUACGUCCUCCUGCUGCUCCUGGAGCUCCUGGUCUGCCUCUUCACCCUCCUGGGCCUGGCAAAGCAGAGCAAGUGGCUGGUGAUUGUGAUGACGGUGAUGAGUCUCCUGGUUCUUGUCCUGAGCUGGGGCUCCAUGGGUCUGGAGGCAGCUACAGCCGUGGGUCUCAGUGACUUCUGCUCCAAUCCAGACACCUAUGUUCUGAACCUGACCCAGGAGGAGACGGGGCUCAACUCAGACAUCCUGAGCUAUUAUUUUCUCUGCAACCAGGCCGUGUCCAACCCCUUUCAACAGAGGUUGACUCUGUCCCAGAGAGCUCUGGCCAACAUCCACUCCCAGCUGCAGGGCCUACAGCGAGAAGCUGUUCCACAGUUCCCUUCGGCGCAGAAGUCUCUGUUAUCUUUGGAGGAGACGCUGAAUGUGACAGAAGGAAACCUCCACCAGUUGGUGGCGCUGCUGCACUGUCGCAGCCUGCACAAGGACUAUAGCACAGCCCUACGUGGCCUGUGCGAAGAUGCCCUGGAGGGCCUACUCUUCCUGCUGCUCUUUUCCCUGCUGUCUGCGGGGGCCCUGGCCACCGCCCUCUGCAGCCUGCCCCGUGCCUGGGCCCUCUUCCCGCCCAGUGACGACUAUGACGACACAGAUGAUGAUGACCCUUUCAACCCUCAGGAAUCCAAGCGCUUUGUGCAGUGGCAGUCGUCUAUCUGAGCCUCUCCUCCCAGCCACCCUGGAGCCUGCCUCCCCUCUCCGUUCCUUCUCUGGCUGCCGGAGGAGACCCCACUAACUCAGCCUGACUGGGCUCUGAUCACUAACACUGGCCAUGGACACUUGCUCAAGACUGCCUCUCUGCCCUGGCCCUGUCUCUGUCCGUAGCCAUGGGAGUAGCUGAGCAGGCAGACCAGAGACCAGGGCUGGCAGGGUAGCGGGCAGACAGAUAGGCCCACAGCCCUUAUCUCUGGCUGCCAGUCCCGUCCUUGGAGGGUCUGAGCUUGGGGCAGGGGACAUGAGUCACCCCUGUUGCUCCUGCCAUGUCCCAGUGGGCUCCAGGCCCCUGAUCUCAACUUGUGGCACUAACGUGGAAAAGGGUUGAUUUACAAUAAAAGGGAAGACUUUAUUUUACAAGCA